CCUUUGAAAUGGGACUGCAGCACUUCAACUUAGCAGCGUGGCAGAAGGAAUAAUAGAUGCAGGUGGUGCUUUUCAGAACACAUACACCAGUCCGGAGAGACCUGGCAAUGACACAGUGUGGAACCGUGUAAGCUUGAUACCCCAGUGGGAUAGCAGCUUCAGUGUGUGCUCUGAGCCGGAGGAGGUUUAGUAAUGUCUUCAUCUACCAAGUCCCGAAUCCUGGCCCCAGCUUUCGGAAACUGACGGCUGAACUGGAGCAGCGCAGGUCACUCGCGUGAAGGAUUACCGUGGUGCGGUGAAGGUAACAUAAAGCCUGAACCAACUCCCAGCUGUGGGCUCUGGCUCAUUUGACAGAAAUGCAGUCAUGGCCACACCUGAUGUGGAUAAAAUCAGUAAUGCUGAGGGACCAGGUAACGGAGAUACGGUGAUUGUGGAUGCCUGUUCACAGGUGACUUCAGUUCUGAUCCAGCUGAAUAGAUUUCUCCUCUGUUUCAGAAGCUUGCCAGUGAGGUCAAAAUUUAUCUGGUUCACUUAAAUUAGUUUUGAUUUAACCAUCGUGUAGAAGACAAAUAUGAUGCCAAACAGAAGUAACAUCUCCUCCUUUCAGAAUGUUGGAUCAGAUUCCAGUAAGAUUAUGGCAGAGUAUAGCCACACACAAAACCAGAUGGAAUUACAAAAUACUAGUUUGGGAAAGGGUUCUGUGGCGAAUUCCCUUGAAAAUGGUCUCCAGGAUAUUAUGGAAAACCUCAACACGAAGAAAUAUUCAUCAAGUCUCAAAUUUAAAACAAACGGGGACUAUGCUGGUUCUUAUUUAACCCUUUCACAACCUGUGGCAGUUAAACCCAAUCCUUCCACCAGUGUUAAAAACACACACUCUGUUACCAAAAUUCAAGGAGGCAAGCUGUUCCCUUGUGAAAGUCCGUAUCUUCCAGAUAAAAGCUUCUCUGUAAAGCAUUUGAGCUCUGUGUCGGGCACAUCUCCAUCCCUCAGUGGGUACGGUUUAGGAAGGACGGACUUUGAUAUUCAUGCCAAUAGAGAAAAUGAAAAAUCUCUUGGGCACAUGGAUAAGUUUUACUACUCCAAGUAUAGCCAGAAAAACAAAUCAUAUGACAAUGUCUACUUCCCAGGAAUGCUGGACACGAAGAAGAUCUCAGGCUCUCUUCUCACAAUGUGGAAUGGCAGCUCAGGGAGCGAGCUGAUGCUUUCCCCUGGUAGCAAUUCAGGGGCAGCCAGCAUGCCUUCAAGCCCAAAGCAAGGUAGGAGGAUGAAUAUUGAGGACAGCCUAGCCCUUCAUGCAAAGCCAGUUAAACACAAGGAUGUGAUGAUGGAGGCUCUGGGUUCUCGACCUAGGAAAUACUCUGGUGGAUCUCUAAGUCAUAUGGGAAUGUACAGCCGUUCCCUACCCAGGCUUCAUAAAUCAACGGAAAGCCAACUGAUGCCAUUAAGUUUGCCCCCAAGAAACUCUCUGGGUAAUACUAAAAGGAAAAAACUUGGAGAAAAGGAUCUACCUCAGAAUGCUUUAGAUGCUGACAAUUACCUGAAUUUUUCUUCGUGCAGCUCAGGGGUUUCACCACAUGCAAGUUCUAUCUCUGGGAACAAUCCCUACGUUAGUUCGACUCUUAAUGUUCCUGCAAGCCCUCGAAUUGCUAAAAAAAUGCUUUUAGCAUCUUCUUCCUCGUAUAUUCCAGAUGAUUUUGAUAGACUUGGACUCUCAGGAACAAGUCCCAGUAGUUCGUUCUCCCCUGUGGAUUUUGACAGAUCAUUCUCUGUCAGAAGAAACCUCUCCACCAGCUCCAUGGAAUUUGAUGACACUGAUUUGGAAAGUUACAGACAAACGCCCAACUCGCUGCAGACUUCUGUGAGAGAGCGGAAGAACAGCAUCAGCUCCAUUUCAGGGAGAGAGGACCUCAUGGACUACCACAGGAGGCAGAGGGAGGAGCGGCUCCGGGAGCAGGAGAUGGAACGCCUGGAACGACAGCGGCUGGAGACGAUCCUCAAUUUGUGUGCAGAAUACUCCAAAUCUGACAGUGACCCUGCUGCAACUACGACGGUUGCUGAUGUUCAAAAAAUUAACAAAGAACUUGAAAAGCUUCAGCUGUCAGAUGAGGACUCAGUGUUCGAAGACUCGCAGAUGAAUCUGGAAACGAGGUUUAGAAACCACUUGAAAUCAUCUGCAAGUGACUCAGAUUUCUCGGAACCAAGUAACCACAGUCGCAGCACCACUGCUUUCCUUUCCUCUCGAGGGCUGAGAGCUGACGAGCACUUCAAUGAAAACAUGAAGCCUCCUCCUUUAGCUGCUCCUGGCUUCCUGAAGGAUUCCACUGAAUCUUCGUACCUAAGUAUCACACCAAAGAUACCGGAGUGCACAAGUGAUGAGCAAAGAGGGCAGGAGCUCACUCGACUGGAGGAGGAGCGCAUAGUAAUACUAAAUAACUUGGAAGAGCUUGAACAGAAGAUCAAAGAUUUAAAUGACCAGAUGGAUGAAUCCUCGAGAGAGUUGGAUAUGGAAUGUGCCCUUUUGGAUGGGGAGCAGAAAUCUGAAACAACAGAGCUGCUGAAGGAGAAGGAAAUACUGGAUCAUCUAAACAGAAAAAUAGCUGAGCUGGAGAGAAAUGUUAUUGGUGAAAAGACAAAGGAAAAAUUAAAACUUGAUGCUGAGAGGGAAAAACUAGAGAGGCUUCAGGAGCUUUACUCCGAGCAGAAGACGCAGCUUGAUAAUUGCCCUGAGUCCAUGAGGGAACAAUUACAGCAGCAGCUGAAGAGGGAUGCUGAUCUAUUGGACAUAGAAAGCAAGCACUUUGAAGAUCUGGAAUUUCAGCAGCUUGAACAUGAAAGCAGAUUAGAUGAAGAGAAAGAAAAUCUGACACAACAGCUCCUGCGUGAAGUAGCUGAAUAUCAGCGUAGCAUUGUCAGUAGAAAGGAAAAGAUUUCUGCUCUCAAAAAACAAGCUAAUCAUAUUGUCCAACAAGCACAAAGAGAACAAGAUCAUUUUGUAAAAGAGAAAAAUAACCUAAUAAUGAUGCUGCAAAGGGAAAAAGAGAAUCUCUGUAAUCUGGAAAAGAAAUAUUCCAUGCUUUCUGGAGGAAAGGGAUUUCCUGUAAGUCCCAAUAGUCUAAAAGAGGGCUAUAUCAGUGUAAGUGAAAUUAGUGAGCUGUAUGGCAAUUCCACGAAUAUAUCCCCUUCCACUCAGCCCCCCACAGAUGCUGACGCAGUUUCCACUGAGCCUUCCACGGCUGUGCUGACGAGCCAGCCACAAAAUAAAGAGCUAAGAUCACCUCUCUGUUCUGGAUUUGUAUUUCCUCACUCUCUUUCUCCUCGCUCUAUUGCUCAACUUCCAUCAGUCCAUUGGCCUGCGGUCAUGGCUACUCAUGUAGAUCCUAUUCCUUUAUCUGAUACACCUCCUCCUCUGCCAGCUAAGAAACACCGCAGGCAACAACAGCAUUUCAGAAAUCUGGAAGAGCGAAAGAAGCAGCACAGGGAAUGCAUGUACAUGAGUGAUACUUUGCCUCGCAAGAAAACAGCUCCAACUGUAUCACCACACUUCAACAGCGCGACUCUGGGACGAAGCGUUACAUCUAAAGGACAUUUACCAUUAGGACAGAGCAACAGCUGUGGCAGUGUGCUUCCUCACUGCUUGGCAACCAUGACCAAAGAGUCAGAAUCAAGAAGGAUGCACAAAGGAAAAGCUAGAAAAGGAGCAAUUAGUCAUUCCAAAGGUUCGAGUAUGAAAGGGUAUAACCAUCAGCGUAUAUGUGAAAACCAAAGGCAGAAAUCUCCUGAAUUCUACAGCAGAACAGCAUCCGAAUCUAACGUGUAUUUGAAUAGCUUCCAUUACCCAGAUCGUAGCUACAAGGACCAUGCCUUUGAUACAUUAAGCUUGGACAGUUCUGACAGUAUGGAGACAAGCAUAUCAGCAUGUUCACCAGAUAACAUUUCCAGUGCUAGCACUUCAAAUGUUGCAAGAAUAGAAGAGAUGGAGAGACUUCUGAAACAAGCACAUGCUGAAAAGACUAGGCUGCUUGAGUCCAGGGAACGGGAGAUGGAAGCUAAAAAACGUGCUUUGGAAGAAGAGAAACGCCGCAGAGAGCAACUGGAAAAAAGAUUGGAAGAAGAAACUAGCCAGAGGCAAAAACUAAUUGAAAAGGAAGUCAAGAUACGUGAGAAACAAAGAGCACAGGCCCGUCCCUUGACUCGCUAUUUGCCCGUUAGAAAGGAAGACUUUGAUCUACGAAGUCACAUUGAAACAGCUGGUCACAACAUAGAGACCUGUUACCAUGUCUCCCUCACAGAGAAGACCUGCCGAGGCUUUCUGAUUAAGAUGGGAGGGAAAAUUAAGACAUGGAAGAAACGAUGGUUUGUUUUUGACAGAAACAAGAGAACUUUUACAUAUUAUGCAGACAAACAUGAAACUAAAUUAAAAGGUGUAAUUUAUUUUCAAGCUAUUGAAGAAGUCUAUUAUGAUCAUCUAAAGAAUGCAUAUAAGAGUCCCAACCCACUACUCACUUUCAGUGUUAAGACACAUGACCGGAUAUACUAUAUGGUUGCUCCCACGCCAGAAGCCAUGAGGAUAUGGAUGGAUGUUAUUGUUACAGGCGCAGAAGGCUACACCCACUUCAUGUUAUAACAAAAUGGGGCAAUAGGGCAUACUGCAAUAACAGAACAUAUGAAGUUAGCCAUAUGUAGUAAAAUCUGAAAAGCUGCAUAAAAUACCAGUGAAUACUCUGAGAUAUCCUCCUUAUGAUGUGCACCCAAAACCUGAGAAAGUUUUAUAAAUGCAUUGAAAAGGGGGACUUUUUACUUAUUUUAAUUGAUCUUUAUAGAAGCAAAAAAGCUAAAGCUGUUGAGAAAAUUAUAGUGCUCCAAAAUGAAUAAUCAGUCAACUUAAAUUACAACAUCUUGAUUCAAUUAUAAUUUUGUACAAAUUCGCUUAUGUAGAGACCGUCUACAUAAAGUUUACAAAUGUGUGUGUUCUCAUCAGUAUGCAAAAAUCCUAGUAAUGGAACAAAAAGGUGUAAUAGCAUAUAUUUUAAUAUGCAGCAUUUGACAUUUAUAGAUGAUUAGGUAACUUUUUAAAACUUUUAGUCAAGUAUUUUAUAAAAAUAUAAAUAAAAAGCAGCCCUAAGGUACACACAAUUCUUGCCUUAGUAGCUAAGUAUUACAACAGAGCCAAAGAGUUAUAUGACUCCCUUACUGUAAUGUUUCGAAGUGUUAGUUGUACGUAACUUUCUGUACAGAGACAGUGCCAAAACUCUUCAUGAUUUUUAACGUAAUUACAUUUUUACAACAUUCUGCGUGUUUAAUCACACAGUGACACCAACUGUGUGUUUCAAGUCUGUAUUUAUGGAGCUCAACAUAAAAGAGAAGGACAGCUUUGUAAAGGUGGGAUUUAUCCACAAGGCUAUGAAAUGGGAAAACGUGUAUUAAUUUUGUCAUCGGGAGGACUUUUUUUUUUUUUUUUUUUUUAAUACUUCACAUCAAAUAGAAUGAGUUGAUUCUGGAUCCUUCAGCAGUUUUCUUUUAUGUAGCCAGGUCCCAUCUAAUGUGGUUCUAAUCUUACUCUGUGCCAAGUGAAUGCUCUACUGAAACCUUGCAAACUUUGGUCCCCGUGAAGCCAGCAUCAAAGUUAUCUACCUAUCUAAAUUCUUUGAAGCCAAGUUUUCAGUCCAGGAGACUUUUUAAAAGCAUAUCUGCACAGAAUAAUGCUGUCAGAUAGAAUCUGACAAACUCUUAAGAGUUUACACUAAGCAGUGUAUGAAUAAAAACCCUGAAUAUAUUAAGUAGGGUAUAGGGACUCCUAAAACAAUUAAAAUAUUGAGGGUACGGUGGUCUCCCAUUUUAGAAUCAAGAAUCAUGUCCAAGUCCUUGAGUAAUAUUGCAAAACCUCAAUUAUUUAAUUGAACUGAACUUCAAGAAAGUCUCUUUUGGUUUGACUUGAAAGAGGUUCUCAUUUCAGUAAUCAAAACUUGUGCCAUGUGGUUUGUGUAAUAAAAAAAGCACAUUUGACUUUUUUCUUGAUGGAAAGUUAAUGGCUUUUGAAGGAGCAAAUUGAAAACUGUAAGCAGGAUAGAUGUAUGCUGGCAAAGUAUUUGUUAUACUAUUUAAACCCUGUAUCUGUAACGAAUGGGCUGAAUUCUUUGUGGCAUACACAGGUGAUAUGGUUGCUCUAGCAUGACAUGUCAGUUUUGACUUGAAUCACGAAAGAAGGAAGGGUUACCGCAAGGUAAUUGGUAUCGUCUGUGCAGAUCACAGCUUGUAAUCUAACGAUUUAAAACACUAUCAGAAAUGAACUGCUUUGUUUUAUAUAAUUAUUAUUUUUUCCCGAUGUAUCUUGAUUUUAAUUCUAAGUAUGGUUAUAAAGGUUUUCUAAUCAUGAUUUUUGUAUCCUGCAUGAUGCGAUGAAGGCAUUUCAAUAAACAUUUUUAAAAAUA